AUGGACACUGACCCGGGAUUUAUCGCCGCCGUGGAAGAGGCUCGCCAAGGUGCCGCGGAAGGGGGAAUUCCUAUAGGAGCCUGCUUGAUAUCAAAGGAUGGAGAGAUACUGGGUCGCGGACAUAACAUGAGAGUGCAGAAAGGUAGUGCAACUCUACACGGCGAGAUUUCUGCUCUUGAGAAUUCCGGUCGUCGCUCAGCUUCCGCCUACGAAGGCGCAACAAUGUAUACUACCUUGUCGCCGUGUGAUAUGUGCACCGGUGCCUGCGUCCUAUACAAGAUUAAGCGCGUUGUCGUUGGCGAAAACAAGAAUUUCGUGGGAGGCGAGCAAUAUCUGCAGAACCGGGGAAUUGACGUGGUCGUUCUGCAGAAUGAAGAAUGUAUUCAGCUCAUGGAGAAUUUCAUCAAAGAGAAGCCCCAGCUAUGGAACGAGGAUAUUGCAGUUUGA